GCCGCAGGCUGCCAGACUAACAGAGUGUGUUCCCCGCAGGAGGAUGUCAGCCAUUUGCUUCGUGUGUAACCUGCCCAUCCUGAGCCACCAGGUGGGUCUGGUGUGGGAGGGAGGCAAUGGCUACGACGAGCUGGCGAGCGAGAGUUCGUCCCCGCGGCCCCGCGUGGGUCGCAGGGACUCCUCCGCCCAGAUCACCACCAUCGAGCCCCCGAGGGAGGUGCGGGAGACCUCCCCUCCCACGUCCCGCAGGCGGCGGUCUUCCCUGGCGCAGCUCACCGACCUCCUUCGCGACUGGGGCCGCCGGGAGCCGGCUGAGCAGCGCUCCACCAGCACCUGCACGUCGACCACCAGCACCCCCGUGGGGCCUCUCACGCGCAGGGAGAGCCGCGACCUCAGCCGGCGGGAGUCCCUCGCUGACAUCGCCAAGUCCUUGCCGUGGCGUCGCAAGGAUUCGAUCGUGGAGGUGCCGCGCAUCAAGACACGCCGCGAGUCCUCUGCGGAGAUGAAGAAGCGAAGGCAGAGCGGCACGGACAUCCGCACCGACAUCGUCAAGUUCCUGGCCCGGAGGGAGAGCGUCGCGGAGAUCCUGCGGCGGCGGAGGGAUUCCCUAGAGCACGAGAAGAAGGAGAGGCGCGACUCCACCACGCAGGUGUACACGCGGACCAGCCGCAACAGCGUGGACAAGACGGCGUCUCCGGACCGGCCGGAGAUCCAGUCCCCGCGCAUCAUCUCCUCCCCCGAGCCCCGCGACCUCGUGCCCAGGCCCAUCGUCACCACGCAGGUGUCGGGCGAGUCGCACGUGUCGCAGAACUCGCUCUCCUCACAGAUGUCGACGGGCGGCAAGGACCAGGCGGAGCCGGGCAUCUCGGAGCCCAAGUCUCCUGUGUCUUCCCCCGCGCCCUCGUCCCCCACCACCGCCAUCAGGAGGGACUCCACCACGCAGAUCUAA